AUGUCAAAGCGCAAAAGCAAACCAACAACAGUAGAGGAACUGGAGAUAGAAAUGGAAGCAGCCGCUGCUGAAGUAGUGAGUGCCGCUGAAGAUGUAGAGGCUACACUUCCGGACACGCAGAAAACCGCGAACACCAACCUAAGCACCGAGGAGAAGAGGGCUGCUCUGAUAGUCAUGUCGGAGGAUGGUGAGCUGGAAAAGUCUGUGGAGCUUAUUAGAAAGGCAAACAGGAAGACAAUAAAUAAAAUUUAUCAGGAGUGUGAGAGAAGGAGGAAAAGGAAGGCGGACGAAUUUCUGACUGAUCUGAUAAUAUCAAAGUUUGCUUGCCUUCUUGGUGGGCUCAACGCCAUUUCAGAUAGUGAAGAACUUAAUAAGGAACUAAUGAGUGACGAGCUGCUUAGGGGAGAUGUCUGUCGUGCAGUCGCGAUGAUCACACCAUAUGUUCCGUUUCUUGGUAUCCUAUCAGGUGGGAUAACAACAGUAAAACACAUAGCUGACCGCUCCCUAACAGGUGGAGCAGGCAAAGAGGUUGCGACAACUGAGGAAGUAAAACAAUAG